AUAAAAUCUUAAGCAGCGUACACAUGGGGUUGACUGCAUGACCGCCGACACACAAGACUUAUUUAGAUAACCAAAGUACAUUAUAGCUGCAGCUAUUUGCCAUGGAGAUGCUGAUUUCCGUGGUAAUAGCAUGUCUGAUUGCAGUGCUUCCUAAACUCUACAUGAAGCUCAUAAUUGGAGUUUGCAAAAGCAAUGCAGAUUUGUCAGGGAAAACUGCCAUUGUUACUGGAGCAAAUACAGGUUUGGGAUAUGCUACUGCAUUAUGCUUUGCUAGAAGACAUGCCCGAGUAAUCCUUGCAUGUCAAAAUGCAGAGAAGGCAGAAAAGGCAGUAAUGAAAAUACAAAAGACAACAGGAAACCAGAACAUCACAUACAAAGUGAUAGACACCAGUGACUUGGCAUCAGUCAGGAAAUUUGCACAGCAGAUAAUUCAAGAGGAAAAACACUUAGAGAUUCUUGUGAAUAAUGCUGGCAUAGCAGGUCCAUUUAGAAGACAUACAACAAAGAAAAACAUGGAACUCACGAUGGCUACAAAUUAUUUUGGACAUUUCCUUCUUACAAACCUUCUUUUAGAUUUGCUGAAGAAGUCGUCACCAAGCAGAAUUAUUAAUGUUUCAUCAUCUGUUCAUCGUUGGAUUAAGCUAGAUCUUUCAGAUCUAAUGCUUAAAAAUUUCUAUAAUAUGCACAAGGCUUAUGCCAGCAGUAAGCUGGCUAUGGUGCUGUUUACCAAAGAAUUGUCUAAAAGACUAAAGGAUCAAGGAGUAUCUGUAUACAGUGUGGAACCAGGAACUGUUCGAACAGACUUUUUUAACAAAUUCCCUCCUGUCAUGAGUGAAAUUUUUAGGGUCAUUGGUGUCUUUUAUUUUAGGAGUCCAGAAGAGGGGGCUCAAACAGCCGUGCACUGUGCUGUAGCAGAUGAUGUUAUUGGUUUAUCUGGGCAUCAUUUUGCAGAGUGUGCCAUCAUGGAAGAUUGUGCUCAAGCAAAGGAUGCUGGGAUUGCCAAAAAACUCUGGGAACAAAGUGAACAGAUAUGUGGACUCAAUGAAAACUGAAUAGCCCUAAUUGUUGAUGGAAGAAAUUUUUAAAUCCUGUAUGAUCUUUUCUGUGUGCCAUUAAGUACUGACAAUAAGUAAAAAAUAAUCAGAAAGUUUUAUUCAACCAUAGAGUUGAUUGUUUAAUCAAGUAUGUACAAUUAUUACAGCUUAUGGUGUUACUGUUAUUAUUAAAGGACCCAAUAUGCAGUAUUGGCAACUGUCCCAGGUUGGAGAAUAAUGCCAUACUAUUAUUUACCACAUGCUGAUAUAUAUAUAUAUAUAUAUAUAUAUAUAUAUAUAU